UGGCGGUACGGUUGUGAAUAGCGUCUAUUGAUUUUAAACAAAAUACUAUUAUUUACCGAUUUUGAAUGGUGUGAUAGAUAAAGAACUCAUAAUGGAGAACAGUGGCGGUAAUAUGUGUCGAUGUUGUGCCUCUGAAGGUGUGUAUAAGGACUUGAAUACCACUUACCAUUGGAUGGGCGAAGAAGAGGUAUACGGAGACAUGUUGAAAGAUUGUUUCAACGUACAGUUGAGUGUGCCGGAGAGCUCUGACGGUGGCAUAUGCGAGGUUUGCAUAACCCAGCUCCGUAACGCCAUCAAUUUCAAGAAGCAAGUGCUACUCACAGAGGAGCAGUUCAAGAAGCACGUGCAGAAAGUUUUCAAGACUAGCAUAGUUAAAGUGGAAGCUCUUGCUGACGAUGACAGUACGGAUGGCAACGUCACAGACGACGGACUGUCGGAGCCAGAAUUCGACGAGGUUCCAAUUAAGACGGAGCACGUCGCCGAGACGGUGACAGUCGGGGAUGAGAUUAAGCCUAAGAAGCGCGCCGCCCCAAUCAAGGCGAGCACGUCACGUACGAAGAAGUCGAAAAGCUCAGACGCCGAGUCGCCCAAGAAACGUGAGUACAUAGCUUAAACCUGUCCUUAUGCGGAAUUUACAUUACGAAAUUAGUGUCAUGCAAGUUGAGCUCAGUUUCACGAAAGUAGUUUCGAUAUAUGCGAAA